GCGCGUUUCAGACCAGGGAGAACACUUUGACACUGCUUUGUGUCUAAGAGUCUGCUGUGAUGGAGAAGAGGGGGUUCCUCAUCCUUCUGCUUGCAGGGUUUUGUGUGCCUGCAAACAACCAGAUCAGAAAACACGUGUUUGUAAAAACUGUGAAGAGCUGGUCUGAAGCUCAGAGGUACUGUAGAGAGAAGCACACAGACCUGGCCACUGUGCGCAGCCAGGAAGAAGCAAAGCAGCUCUUAACUAUUACAGGAGCUUCUCUCGGGGAUUCCUGGAUCGGGCUGUAUCGUGAUGACACACAGAACUGGCAGUGGUCUAACAGCGAUGAUGUCAUCUACUCCAACUGGAGGGCAGACGUCUUCUGUGCUUCAGUCAAUUCAGACGGAAAGUGGACUGAUUUACCCUGCCACCUUCAGAAAGCCUUCAUGUGCUACAAAGAGACCAGCAACAUCACUGAGAGAUACACCCUGAUUGAACAACUGAAAACCUGGACUGAAGCUCAGCAGUACUGUAGAGAACACCACACCGACCUCGUCAGUAUAAAGAACGCCAGUGAAAAUGAAGAAAUAGUGAAGAAAGCGCAGGGCAAGCCCCUCUGGAUAGGCCUGUUCAAUGAGCCCUGGAAGUGGUCACACCAGGGGGAUAACUACACAUUUCACAGCUGGAGCAACGUGGAACCAAACAAUUGGGAAGGGGAUGAGAACUGUGUGGCGAUGAGUAAGACUGAUGGAUGGAAUGACUAUGGCUGCAAAAAUCAGUUGCCCUUCUUCUGCUGUGAGGGCGGCUCCUCUGGUCAGUGUUUCUAUGAAGGAACUGGGAAGACAUGGCAGGAAGCUCAGAGCUACUGCAGAAACCAAGGCAGAGACCUGCCCACCAUUCAAGACCAGGCCAGGGUUAAUAAGCUUAUAGCUCUUAUACCUUCAACUAGUAACUGGUAUUACUGGAUCGGGCUGUAUCGUGACAAAGAGAACUGGCAGUGGUCCAGUGGAGGUGAUGUCAUCUACUUCAACUGGGGACGAUACCUCUUCUGUGCUUCAGUCAAUUCAGAGGGAGAGUGGGAGGAUUCACUCUGCAGUCAGAGUAACUAUUUCAUGUGUUACAGCGAGCCCAGCAACAUCACUGAGAGAUACACCCUGAUUAAAGAACUGAAAACCUGGACUGAAGCUCAGCAGUACUGUAGAGAACUGAAGAGUGUGAGAGGGAGCAGCUACCCCUCAUUGUUAUACCCAGGAGAGACGUGUGCUUUGAUAUACAUUCUUACUGUCUAUAUAUUAUAUUUAUUUGAAAACAAUAAACCAUGUCAUUGUCAGCAUUGCCCUGGUGGAGAUAGCAGCAUAGACACAGUUUCAUUGAAAUGCAUUUGAACAAUAAACUUGAAACAGGAAACACUAAAUCUUGUUGUUGUGUGUUUUCUUUACAGAUUCAGACCCCACAAGCCCCCCUUCC